UGCAGACACACGCUCAGCGCUGGGGAUGGGGUCAAGGAUUCCUCUAGAGAAAUUCCUCCUUGGACAACGCUUCAUUCCACUGUCCUGCUGAGGAGGCGGCAUUUACAAGAGGGGAGAAGUUAAGCCAGAGCCACAGAAAGAUAAAACUAACAACCCCGAGGCCAGAAAGUCAGCCAUGUGACUCCUCUUGAGCAUCAUGUUUUGUCAGCAGAUGGGGGACAGUGUUGAAUAGGCCGACACGACACUGAGAAAUUUGACAUGGACACAGCACUCUCUCUUGUGAUGGUGAAGUCUAAACAUUAUUAGCGAGUGGUGACAAAUCCGGAGCCAAGCCUCGCUGCUCGAGGUGCUGUUGCUAAAAUGACCCAUCUGCAAUCCGGGCUCAGUGCUGAAAUCAUCGAGAAGUCGCGGUUGGAACUGAAUGAGAAUCCAGAUGCCUUACACCAGGACAUCCAGCAGGUCAGAGACAUGAUCAUAACACGGCCUGACAUCGGCUUCCUGCGCACAGACGAUGCCUUCAUCCUGCGCUUUCUGAGAGCGAGGAAGUUUAACCAUUUCGAGGCCUUCAAACUGCUCGCUCAGUAUUUCCAGUACCGACAACAAAACCUGGACAUGUUUAAAAACUUCAAAGCCGACGACCCUGGCAUCAAGCGGGCUCUGAUGGAUGGUUUCCCCGGGGUCUUCCAGCAUCCAGAUCACUAUGGGAGGAAAAUCCUGGCACUGUUCGCUGCCAACUGGGACCAGAGUAGGAAUACCUUUGUGGAUAUUCUCCGAGCUAUUCUUCUGUCCUUGGAAAUCCUUAUUGAAGAUCCAGAGUUACAGAUAAAUGGAUUUAUGCUAAUUAUAGACUGGAGCAAUUUCACAUUCAAACAAGCCUCCAAACUGACCCCCACCAUACUGAGACUGGCCAUAGAGGGUUUACAGGACAGCUUCCCCGCACGCUUUGGAGGCAUCCACUUUGUGAACCAGCCCUGGUAUAUCCAUGCUUUAUACACCAUUAUAAAGCCAUUCCUGAAAGACAAGACCAAGAAAAGGAUCUUUCUCCACGGUAACAAUUUAAACAAUUUGCAUCAGCUGAUCCAUCCAGAAUACCUGCCAUCUGAGUUUGGGGGCACUCUGCCCCCCUAUGACAUGGGGACUUGGGCUCGAACAUUGCUUGGUCCAGAGUACAAUGAUGACACUGAAUAUCCUUACAAUUACUACAGUUCAAUGCUGGAAAAUCAUGAUAACGAUUGUUCUCCCAAGCACAUGAAGAGGUCGCAGUCAGUGGUUGAGCCAGGAGCCCUGAAACAAGAGGACAGGGACGAUGACAACACUCAGCCACUCCUCGCUCUGGACUGAACUAGAGACAUCUUUGUAGGUUACAGAAACAAUGGCAACUCCAGACUGGAUCUCAGUGAUGCAAACAUUAACAGAACACUUGCUUAAAUCAAGUCGCAUUCAGCUGUGUGAAGUGUUUUUUUCCAUUUUUCUAAAAAGAUAAAAUUCAGAUAUCACUGUCAUCUCGCCCGAACAUCAAGCUGAUUGACGAAUGAAAAAUCAUUUGAGUGUGUUCCUACAGGAUUUCAGAUCUGCUGUAGGUGACCUGAUGGUUACCAUGGUUACCAAUAUUAGUAUUUUGCCUGAGAGAGAGCGAGAAGGUAAAUUUUCAUUAAUGCGGAACUGUUUGACUUGAUAACAGGCACGUAAUAUUUAGAUAUAUUUGUGCCUUUUAGUAGUAGCGAAGAAAGGAUUUGUUUUAUUUCAGUAUCAGAAUAGGGAACUUCAAAACAAAUAUUAUGAACAGAAGGCAGGGUAAAACGCCAUUUAUUAAAGUGCCAAAGAUCCAUAUAUCCAUUCCUUGAGUUAGUUGCUGGAUGAAUGUUCAAAAUUCAUCAAUACAAUUUAUUUAAAUUCAGUAAGUGUAGCUAAUCUUGCUAACCACCAAGCUGCUCAAUUCAUUGAGCAAAUAAAGAAGAAAUAAUCAUGUUCUUUCAUGUUUUAUUUUGAGAAAAUUAAGGUCAGUGACUUUUACACCAUUUUACAAAGUGUGUGUGUUUAUUAAUAACUUACAGAUAAUUGAUUCCAACAUUUUAUUCCAUCCCAGCAUUUUUAUCUGUAAUUAAACAGAAGACGGUUCUUGAUCCAAGAGCCAAAUAAAAACCUAAUGUAUAAUUAAAAACUUUCAUUUCAAAAAUAACUAUUUACAGUCAGAAGUACAUAUUGAAAUCCUACAAUCAUAGUGGUAGUUCCAUUUUGUUCAGGUUUAUAGACAAAAAAAGCAUGUUAUUGCAUUUAUGCCAGUGCUAAUGUGUAUAUAAAAUAGAAAAUUUAAGAUGAACUUUGUGAGACUCAACAGUUAGCUGUGAAAGAUUUGGAUGAGACCCAUUUAUAUUAAAAAAAAAUUGGAGAAGAUGGAUUACAAGGUUCCAUAUAUGCAGAAGUACAUGCAAUUAAAAAAAAACAUUGUCCUUUCUCAAGAAAACUACAAGAGUAAAGUAACAAUCAACAUGUACCAAGGUGUUGGACAUUUGCCCAGCCCACAAUGCUCAAACAAUUCACUUUCUUCAGUGAUAUACAGUAGUAGUAAUUUUAGAAUUAAAAUCAAAGUCAAUGGUAGAAUAUGAAAGAAAUUGUAGUGCCUUAACUGGUAGUCACUCACUAAAGUACUUCAAAUUUGAUAUCAAAAGAAAACAAACUAUUGUACAAAAUAUCAAAAUAAAAUGCAAUCUAUCUAUUCUCUGCCAGUGGAACAGAAUACAGUCACUUAUCCUAUUGCAAGUAGUUAUUCAAACAGAAGUGGAUUGAAACUGGACUUAAAAAAGUAUAAGCUAGUAUGAAACUCAUUUCAAAUUGAAGUUAGCUCUCUAUGAGCAUAGAGUAAAUUCAAAUUUAUUUGAAAGCUGAGGAUCACAGAGAAACUUUCCAAUAAUAACUCUCACUAAAAUGAUGCAUCUUAUGCUAACUACACUGCUUGGAGUCUUUUCAAACAUGCAUGUACAAUGUUUUGUAACUGGGAGAUGAGGGAAAUAUCAGUUUUGAAUAUUAAACCAACAACUUUCAAAAUGUUGCAAUAUCUUUGAAGCUAAUUGUCGUAUUUUUAUUUAAGUUACAUGAAGUAUUUGGUAUUUUAACUUCUGUAACAAGUAAAAAUACAUUGCUAAAAUAAAGGUUGGGGGUGUUAACUUUAAAAUCUCACCGAAUCUUACUUCCAGAUUUUAUUUAUUCCUUUUUGUUCUGAACUGAUUGACCUUGUCCAUGGUUACUGAAAUGCUAGGCUCUGUGCAGCUUUAGUCAAUACUUUGAACUUCCUGAAUUCAGAAAUGAGUAAAAUACAAAAUUUAGUUUACAUUGCUGUAGUAUAUGGAUGUUAAGGAAUAUUCUAUUGCAUUUGCAUUACUGAAGAACUUUGGUAUGAGAGACAGAUUAAGGCUGAACUGAAAUAAAAGGCUCUUCCCCUCUGUACUGUACAGCCAAUCCAAUUCCUUGGAUAGUUUCCAAACCAGCAGUCUAACAGAAUUAAAUGCUGCAGAAUGGGAUAUAUUUAAAAUCACAACACAUAUUUUUGUUGGAAUAAAACUUAUUUUCCAUUCUUUUUCUGUACUCAGCAUGAUGCUCCUGAGACAGUUUGCUAAGACCUAUCACUAUGAGAGUGUAAAUUACAUUUUCACCACAUUGCAAUCCCCAUCUCUCUGCAGGGAUUUGACUGUGCCUGCAAUUGCUUUGAGACAGAAGUAUCUCGGUUAUGUGGUGAAGUCAGCUUUCGGUGCUUUGCUCCUUCAAAGUAAAGUCUGUCAUUUGCACUUAGUAUAAUAAAUUUAUAGAUAAAAACAUAUGGUCACUUUAUUGUAGAUGUAUUACGGUUGUCACAAGCCAUCUGCUUUUUGAUGCUUUGUACAGAUGUGUCAGCUGUCUACUGGAUGACUGUGCCUCUCCACUUUGGCAUUUGUUCAUUUUUGUCACAUUAAAAAAAGUUCAACCAUUGGCAUGUGCAGUAAUGAGCACUUUGCGAGAGUGUACUCUAGGUUCUUUACACAAAACUAAUAUCGGCAAUUCUGAAUUCAAGAGGAUUUGUUUUUAUAAUUUCAUAAGUAACUUACUCUACAACAACUUAUACAAAUUUGGAAUAUGAAUUUUUGAUUUGAACUGAGUGCUACUGAUACAGCUGUGGGAAUGUCAUUGAACGAAUUACUAAGCACAGUAUGGGCGAAUUCAAUACAAGCACAGAUACAUCUGUUAAUUCAGAAUGCUUCAGUGAUUAUGUCGUAUUAACUUUGAGUUAAUCAAUCUUGCUCUCACUGUUAGGCUUAGUAACUUCUCAAAGGCAGCUCCCCCAGAGGGCAUUAACACACUUUAUUGAAAAAAACUGAAAAGUCGGCCAAAGUAAAUUCUAAAUUAAUACCUGCAUAAUUGUAUGUUUUUAAUAAUCAAUUACUUUCACUUGUUAGCAAUGAGAAAAUGCUGAUUUCAACUAAGUCGGUGUACAAUGCAAAUAUACUUGACCAGAUGCAAUUAAAUGAGGUACAAAUCAUCUUUAUGUAACUUGUCAAUAUCAGUGAUUAAAAAUAAUCAAUUUAAACAGAACAAUUGUAAAAGGGAAAUACAAAACACUGAAGGACAGUUACAUAAAUGUGACAAUUUGUAUCUUAUGUAAGUUAAUCAGACUCUGUUCACAUAUGUUAGACGUUUCCCAAUCCAGCCAUUUUCCUAACAAAAGGAUUCUUCAUUAGCUUGAGGUGAACUAUUUUGAAAUUAUUCCAGAUCACAAUUGGAGAACUGCUCCAUUGGACUUUUCUCUGUAGAUCUUAUUCAGCUUAGACCUUAGUAUUUAGCUUUUGGGAGAGAUCAGAGGUCAAAUAUACUUCUCAAUUAUUAAGCAUCCCCCUUAAAAAUAUUCCAGGAGACUUUUUGAUUUAUUCAACUGCUGAGAUUUUGGAAAAUACAUUAUGCCUCAUUCUGGAAACUCUCCUGCACCAGAAGUUUCAGGAAAACUACAAAUCAAUGGAACUCAUUGCACUUCAUUACAGCACACAACUUCUUCAUGUUUGCUCAAAUCCCAACCUGCCUUCUCUAGUUUAUGUCUGAAAUCCAUCAUUAGAUUGGGGAAAGACUUCUUCGUUGCUGAGGUGUCAGUUCUGGGUGCCACACAUCCACGAUAAAGAUUAGCCUGUAGCUAUUCGCAUCCUGCCAAACCUCAUGCUCAAAAGAGUCGUCAAAGAUGAUCACCUUGCCCUCCUUCCAUUCUCUGCAAAGAGAGAUCAACAUCACAUUUUCACAUUUGUUGAAAAUUAGAAACAAGCUUCGAAAUAUUUAACAUUUCUUCUAUAGAUGAGAAUUUGG